CUUAAUUUAGUGAAACGCCAUCAUCGCUUUUCACACUCUAAGUGUUCACAGGCUCUGAGCACAGAAAUGGACAGCUCGGCUCAAGGAGGUAAAGCAUAUGGUUUUCUCAAGUCUCAACAGGAAGAAAAACUGAACUCUAUUAAUGAGGCUUUUCUCUCAGAUCCAAAAUAUGCAGAAGAGGAAGACCUGUGCUCAAAGCUUGAAAUGUUUAAAAAGAAGUACAUGGAAUUCGAUCUAAAUGACAAAGGAGAUAUUGAUAUGAUGGGGUUAAAACGAAUGCUGGAAAAACUCGGAUUGGCCAAGACUCAUUUAGAACUGAAAAAGAUGAUGUCAGAGGUUGUUGGAGGGACAUCAAAAGACACCAUCAGCUACAACGACUUCCUGAAUAUGAUGUUGGGAAAGAGAAAUGCAAUUCUAAAACUGAUCCUGAUGUUCGAAGGCAUGGGAAAGGAGCAAGAACAGACAGAAAAUGCUCCACCUCCUCGCAAAACCUUUUCAGACCUGCCAUGAUGGAUCUCUCUAUCCCAGCAGGGAAUGACUCAGAUUGAAACAUCACCAAAAUGCUGCGAAACUAAUGUAAUGAGAGGGGAAAACCAAAUAUAAGACUUAUUGCAAAAUAUUCGACGUCUUUGAAGUAGCGGAAUCAAUAUCAAAUGUUUUUGUGUGACUGUGCCCACAGGACAGAUUUCCCACAUAAUAGAAAGAUAAAUGCUUUGUUGGUGCUAUUACACGCUUAUCAUAGUCAAUUGAAUACAUAAGAUGUAACUUUAGCUGCUUAGUUAAAUACAGCACAUAGUCAAAUGACAUGGACUCCGCAGGGGAUAGGCACUAUCAUGCCACUCAAAAUACCCUAAUAAUGCUAUGUAUAGACCCACUUUUUGAAACAUAUGGAUUCACUGUUUUAACAUUAAAAACACAUAUGCUACACAACAAAACAGUCAUGUUGUCAUAGUUUUGCUGGAAAUUCAUUAAAAUGUGAAUGGACAUAAAA